CGCUUUCCUUCAUCUCUCCUUAGACAUACUUAGAGAGAGAGAGAGAGAGAGAGUGUGUGUGUGUGUCUGUGUGUUUGUGUUUAAGUCACCAAUAUAAGUGUGUUCGUGUGUACGUGUGUUUUACUUAAGUGGGACUCGUGUAAGUGUGUUUAAGUGAGUGUUUUAUAAGCGUGAAAGAAGAGAGUGUGUUUUGAUCCUACUUUUCGUUACUUAAGUGUGUUUUUGUAAGUGUGUCUACGUGUACACUUAACAGAAAAGUGUCUAAGUGGCUCAUAAGUGAUUUAUCUUCUGUUUAAGUGUAAAGAAUACAAAAAAAGGAAAGGAAAAUAAACUGAAAAAGAAAAAAAAAAAAAGAAAAGAAAGGAAGAAAAAAAAAAGAAAAAUACAAAAUACAAACGUUCCUCAUUAAAAAAAAACGAAAAGAAAAUGGAAUACGAAGAAAACGCAUUGCUGGACAUCUUAGAAAACGGGAAUGUGAAUCUAUAUAUGGGCGUGUGUAGGGAUGUGAACCUGUCUUCUAAAUACCACAGAGAGUACUGUGAUGGCCGCAUGUCCCUUCCCCUCAUGGUGGCCACACUGGUGCUCGGCUUCGUGACUGUGUUUGUGAACCUCGGAGUCAUCAUCAGGACCAUCAGGAUACUACGACAAGGCCACGAUAAACCCGCUUUCUAUUUUAUUGGCAAUCUUGCGCUUAGUGACUUUGCCGUGGGUCUGUUCGUGGUGAUUGCCUUCCUGCUGCACGUCACCAAUAAGAGUGACCUGUGGCGCCAGAACACCUGCAUGCUACAAAUUGGAGUGGCAGUGACGGCAUGCCAGGAGACAAUUUUCACCAUCGUGCUAAUCUCAGUGGACAAAUAUCUUUACAUCUGCCACGGCCUUCACUACAACACUAUCAUGACGCGGAGGAGGGUGUACGGGGCCCUGAUAGUCUCAUGGUGCCUGUCACUGCUCAUAGGCUCCCUCCCCGCCAUGGGCCUGCACGUCACCUGGCCAGAGGCGUGCAACAGGUGUGCCUUCGCUCAGGUCAUCUCCACCACCUUCGCCAUCGUCUUCUUCGUCACCUCGGUCGCCGUGCCCUUGGGAAUAGUAGUGGGUCUGUACAGCAUCCUUCUCACCCUGGCCCUAAGGAUGCACAAGGCUCGGUACGGGGCCUACACAGCCAAGGAAUCAGCAAGGAGCACAAACUUCCGGCUAUCCUUCAUGUCCUCCAAGAAAUCAAGGACCUCCACCACCACCACCACUACCUCCUGCACCUCGAAGUCCAGCCGCAGGAGGAGAGGAGGAAGGAAAUGGCGCUACAGAAGGAGGAGGAGUGUUUCAAAGGCCCCUGUGUGUGGUAAGCCCUGUGGUGUCCCUGUGGAGGCUAACAACGCUGGUGUGGUGGCAGGUGGAAAAGGAGAUGCUUUCCCUGACGAACCCCCGCCACAACCACAACCACAAACAAAAGACGUGGAUUCUGGAGUGACUGGGACAAGGAAAGGCGAUGGAAGUGACCCCAAAACAGAGACAAAGAAGAGAAAAACCAGCGAUUCUCAAGCCGACCCAGGAGUAACUAGCGAUCAAACCAAAACAGAGGGGGACUCGCACCUUGAGGAACACCCACCAGGACUCAAAAACCAAACCACGCCACGCAAAACACACACACGAAGGAAAGACAGUCACGAAACGCAGGACUCGACCUUUGAGGAACAGGAAGGUAACAUAGAGGACUUAUUAGACACAGACGAAGAGGAGGAAGAAAAAGACGACGAGGGAAAAGGAUGGCGCUCUCUUUUCCCCUCCAAGUACAUGAACAAAGUAAUGACAGAGACGAUAGACAAAGUAAUGUUCCUUAAGAAAUGCAGAGCUGUGAAAACCGUGCUGUUAAUCCUCAUCUCCUUCACAGCCACGUAUGUCCCCUUCGUCGUGGGGUCUCUAGUGUACAGCGCAGAGCAGCAGAAGCGCCCCUGCCUGCUGCACCUGCUCAAUACCCUGCUGUACUGCGCCGUGGUUGCCAAUUCCCUAGCUAACCCGCUCAUCUACGCCUACGGGUACAGGGAGUUCCGGCUUCGUACGGAGAAAUUUAAAGGGAUUUUUGCCAGAAAGAAGAAGAGGACUUACACUUGAGAAGGAGGAGGAGGAGGAGGAGAAGGAGGAGGAGGAGGAG